AAAGGCGGCCCAGGCAAGGAGCCUCCAGACGUCCCCGCCCUCCUCCCUCCCGGACACCGGCCGAGCCCCACGCCAACAUGUGCCACACCAGCUGCUCCGUGGGCUGCCAGGCUUCCUGCGGCUCCUCCGGCCCCUGCCAGGCGUCCUGCUGUGUGCCCGUGAGCUGCAAGCCCGUGUGCGUGCCCGUGAGCUGCACACCCGCCGUGUGCGUGCCCGUGAGCUGCACACCCGCCGUGUGCGUGCCCGUGAGCUGCAGACCCGCCGUGUGCGUGCCCGUGAGCUGCAAGCCCGAGUGUGUGCCCUCCUGCCAGCCCUCCACGUGCGUGCCCGUGAGCUGCACACCCGCCGUGUGCGUGCCCGUGAGCUGCACACCCGCCGUGUGCGUGCCCGUGAGCUGCAAGCCCGAGUGUGUGCCCUCCUGCCAGCCCUCCACGUGCGUGCCCGUGAGCUGCACACCCGCCGUGUGCGUGCCCGUGAGCUGCAGGCCCGCGUGUGUGCCCUCCUGCCGGCCCUCCUGCCCCACCCUGGUCUGCAGACCCGUGUGCUGUAGCUCCCCGUGCUGCUUCUGACCAGGGGUCUCCUAACACCUGCUCCGGGGGCAGAGGGGGCCCCACCCGUGCCCCUCCGGUGAGGACCAAGUCUUCGCCGGGCCUCCGGUUCUGCGCGUGGCAGGUCAAACAUUCCCGAUGAAUCGUCUGAACCCUGGGGCGAGGACGGAGCAGGACGAGCCGGAUCCCCCUGUGACCCUGCGUGUCUCCGCCAGGGUCCUUCUCUGUCUCCGGCAGGGAACCCAGCCCGUGUGAGCCCAAUAAAUCGUGCCUUCCUGAGGCAGCUUUCUA